AUAGCCAUUUCUGAUUGGAUACUGGGUAAGAAAACAUUAGGGUUAGAAAAUACACCUUUCUUGCUAUAAGUAUGCAAUGUGAAUGUUUAGUUUCACAACGUGCUCACAAUUAAAUUCACAAUAAAAAUAUAAAUACUCAUUCAAUUAAUUCAAGCACAUGAUAAAUUAAAAUGCCGAAGGGGAAAAAAAAGAAAUUUAUCGACAAGAAGGACUCUGUUACGUUCCAUCUGGUCCAUCGAUCGCAAAAAGAUCCAUUAGUGGCAGAUGAAACAGCACCACAAAGAGUUCUCGUGCCAGUUGGUAAAAUACAAACGGCAAAAACAGAAAAGAAGACAGUAGACGGUGAAAAACGCAAAGAGGAACAGCGAAAAUAUGGAAUUUACUUUGAUGACGACUACAAUUAUCUACAACAUCUUAGAGAUGUCAAUACAUUGUCGGUCGAAUGGGAACGCAUCGAGAAUACUAAUGUUAAAUGUGAAAAGGAUGCCCCAAAAAUCAACUUACCGUCCUCUGUUUUUGCAUCAAAUGUCGAGGAAAAAAUUGGUAUGCUCAAUAAAGCAGCACCGGUCUCUGGACCACGAUUGGAUCUUGAUCCAGAUGUGGUGGCUGCCAUGGAUGAUGAUUUUAAUUUUGAUGAUCCUGAAAAUCAGUUGGAAGAUAAUUUCAUAGAAAUGGCUAAUGCUGGAAGUAGCGAUAGCGAGAAUUCUGACAGAGAAUAUGAAUAUGAAAUUAAUGAAUCGGAAAAUGAAUAUGAAUCUGACGGUAAUAUGAAUUUAUCUGAUGAGGAGGCAGAUGAAGUACAUAGCUUAAAUGGACCUCAAUACACUUUCAAGGAUGAAGAAACGAAAUCAAGAUUUACAGAUUAUUCUAUAAGUAGUAGUGUGAUGAGAAGGAAUGAACAACUCACACUAUUGGAUGAUAAAUUUGAACAGUUGUAUGCUGGAUAUGACGAAAAUGAAAUUGGUGCUUUGGAUUGUGAUGAAAUAGAAGGAUAUAUAGCACAUGACUCAGACCUUAUUCUGCAAUGUGCUGUUGAUUUUGAAAAGAAACAGAAAGAAGCUACGGAAAAUAUUGCAGAGCUUAUGAAAGACAGAAUGAAAAUAGUAGAAAGAGAAUGUUCGAGUUCAGAAGAUGAAGAUUUAGAAAAACUUGUUGUCAAUUCUCGUGAAAAAGAAAAAUGGGAUUGUGAAAGUAUUGUUAGCACAUAUAGUAACAUUUACAAUCACCCUAAAUUAAUUUCAGAACCUUCCAAGCGUUCAAAGAAGAUUGAAAUUGAUCAAAAAACAGGUGUUCCAAAAAAUGUAUUAGGCAACACAGGAAAAUUAACAGCUGAGGCAUUAGCCCAAUUUGAUGCAAUGGAUAGUCCGUCAAGAGGUUCUCAAUCCAUAGCAGAAAGUAGAAAAUCCACAUUAAGCAUUUUAAGCAUACGACCUAAAGGAGAAACUUCAGAUGCGAAAAAAGAAAGAAAAAAAUUGCUUAAAGAAUACAGACAAGAAAGGAGGAUAGAACGAAAAGCGAACACCGAGGCAUUUAAAGAGGAAAAGAAACGUCAAGAAAAAAUUAGAUUGAACAAUAGGCAAAACAUUCAGGGAAAUCGUAUGCUAUAAAACUUUCUGUAAAAAUAAUAUGCGUUGUAAUGAUAUGGAAAUACAAUCUUUACAUGUAAAAUAAAAUUGUAUUCUAAAUAUUAUAA